AAACCAUCCAUUAUCUACUUGUUAUUCCUGUCAUAUAUCGUCGCUGUGUGUGAAGUUGUUACUGAUUCGACGGUGUUAACACGACUGUCGUCUAGUUAACUUUCGAGGCACUAUGCAGUUCGGUAGCAGAAGAAGGAAGAUUAUUAACUCUGCUCAGACGGAGCUUUAUGGACAUUCAGUGCAGUUCUAUGGACAGCCUCCCCUCGAAAACAUCUCCCUCACCGAAUUUGAGACGUUUGCUGUCGAGAGACUGAAAUUGUUGAAGACCGUUGAGACUUUGGGAGUGAGUUUUGUGAAACACUCAGAGCAGUACUCUAAGAAACUGGAGUCUGAGUUUAAAAACUUGAACUUUCCAUAUAGACCAGAGACUGACGACAGAAAAAUUCAAACUGGACCAAGUGAAUUUGAGAAACGACGAAAGGACCACAUCUCCCACUUUAUUCUCAGACUCGCCUACUGCCAAACGGAGGACCUGAGGCGGUGGUUUAUACAACAGGAAGUCGACCUUUUCCGCUACCGCUUCAAUGAUCUUCCUCCAAAACAAAAACUUGAAUUUCUGCACAGAAAUAACCUGCAGUACGACACGAUUAGUGUCGAGGAAAAGAAGGCUCUGCAGGAUAAACUUGUCAACUCCAGUUACGCUGUCAGUGGAAUCACUGUGGAGGAUCAGGACUUCUACAAAGUUCCGUUUCAAGAUGCCUUGGAUUUAGUGCGAACAAGGAAAGUGUACCUCAAAGCGGGCUACGUGUACAUCCCCCACCAGGACAUUGUCACAAUUGUUCUCAAUGAUUUCCGUACAAGACUUUCUAAAGCUCUUGCACUGACAGCCCGCUCACUACCGGCAGUGCAUUCUGAUGAACGGCUCCAACCUCUCCUUAACCACCUCAGUCACGCCUACGUGGGGCAGGACUACAGCAUUCAGAAGAACGUUGGGAAGAUCUCUUUGGAUCAAAUCGAUUCUCUUUCAGGAAAGUCCUUCCCACUGUGCAUGAGGCAGCUCCAUCAGGCCCUGAGAGAGAACCACCACCUCCGCCACGGCGGCCGAAUGCAGUACGGACUCUUCCUCAAAGGAAUCGGUCUUUCCCUGGAGCAGGCGCUGCAGUUCUGGAGGUCAGAGUUCAUCAGGGGUAAAGUGGACGCAGACAAGUUUGACAAAGCAUAUGCCUACAGCAUCCGCCACAUGUUUGGCAAAGAAGGCAAGCGAACAGACUACACCCCCUACAGUUGCAUGAAGGUGAUUUUGUCAAACCCACCCAGCCAAGGCGACCAUCAUGGGUGUCCAUUCCGUCACAGUGAUCCAGAGCUGCUGAAGCAGAAGCUUCAGGUCUACAAAGUGUCGCCCAGUGGAAUCAGUCAGAUCCUGGAGCUGGUUAAAGGAAUGCACUAUCAGCUGGCAUGCCAGAAGUACUUUGAGCUGACGCACAAUAUUGAGGACUCCAGCUUCUCGCUCAAUCACCCCAACCAGUACUUCGUAGAGAGCCAGAAAGUUUUGGGUGGAGGCAAGGACAUAAAACGAGAGACGGACCCUCAGCAGAGGUCUCAGGAGAACGCUACCACCAGAGCAUCCACCGCAGCACAAGACACAGCUGCUAAAGACGUAGCUGAGAUGACAGAAGACCUGGACUCUUUUUUCCAAGAUGGUUGAUCUUUCUGCUUUCUGAACAUGUAAACAUAAAUAUGUGUUGGGGUUGGUCCAUAUUGUCACUCGACUUUUUUUUUUUUUUUUAAAACCCUUUAUAUUGACUCAAGAUGCAUUUAUACUCUGAUUUUGUAUUUUCUCCACAACAGCAGACUUAACCUUCAUUUGAUUAUCUUCUGCCUUAUUCAUUACACUGAUAAACCGAGGCAAAAACCAGACUUUCAGCUAGUUUUCUUUCUUUGCUUUCGGUCUGGUCUGAACUCAAAUGGCUUAUACCCAGUCUCAGUGCACUGUGUUUUGGCAGGGAUAUGGUUUUGGGGUGAUGACUAGAACAUUUCCCAGCUGUCUCAGAAACAAUGUCAUUGUAUUUGCUGGCAGGAGUAUGGAUGAAUGGUGGCAGGAGGACUGAUGAAAAUAAACAAUUUCCACAGUUGUAUUA